CAAUAAUUUUGGAAGUACCGUUACCAUCAAGCACCGCAUAUAACAAACUAUUGAGACAAAAUUGUUUCACAGUCUCUGCAGUUGUGAUUGUGAACAACGCAAAAUGGUUUCCAUGGCUUCUUCCACAACAUUCUUCACACCUCUUCACAAUUUCAAUCAAGCUAGAACAAAUUCAAUACCUUCAAUUUCUUUGCCUUUUGUAAAAUCCUCAAUUCCUUCUUCAAAGUCACCUUUUUUUCAACAUGGCUUUUCUCAACCAACUUCUUUCGAUUUUCCUAAGGCUGUUUUGAAGUCAAGGUCUUUCUCUGUCAACGCUAGAGCUGUUACUGAUAAAUCCAUUUAUGAUUUUACUGUAAAGGAUAUUGAUAAGAAGGAUGUGCCUCUUAGCAAAUUCAAGGGGAAGGUUCUUUUGAUUGUUAAUGUUGCUUCAAGAUGCGGUUUGACAUCAUCAAACUACACGGAACUCUCACACUUAUAUGAAAAUUUUAAAGACAAAGGUUUGGAGGUUCUAGCUUUCCCUUGCAAUCAAUUUGGCAUGCAGGAGCCUGGAUCAAAUGAAGAAAUUAAGAAAUUCGCUUGCACUAGGUUCAAAGCAGAAUUUCCAAUUUUCGAUAAGGUUGAUGUAAAUGGACCAUUUACUGCUCCAGUAUACCAGUUUCUGAAGUCAAGUUCUGGAGGGUUUUUUGGUGAUCUUGUCAAGUGGAAUUUUGAGAAAUUCUUGGUUGAUAAAAAUGGUAAAGUUGUUGAACGAUACCCACCAACAACCUCUCCUUUUCAAAUUGAGAAGGAUAUCCAGAAGUUACUUGCUGCGUGAAUAUUCAGGAAUGAGCAAAAUCAGAGCCAUGCUUGAUACUUCCACAAGGAGUUAAAUUUUAUUACAAACAAUAAACACAACUAUUAUGUAAAUUCGUUUGGUGUCUUCACUAACCUAUUUACCACUAUACUAUAGAGAAAGAAACAAAAAGUACUAUGUUUUAUCACUAAUGGGAAAGUGUUCAUAUAUGGCUAGAAUAUUCGUAAAA